UUGUCGCGCGCCUCAUCCUCGUGACCCCUGACCUUGUGGCUCGUCAAUAAAGCACAUUAUACGCGGGGACUGGAUGGAUGAGUGACGACAACUUAAUGCCUACUCAAACGAGUCGAUGGUGUGUACCACACCAGUGACUGCAGUGUAGAGACAGGCACUAAUUGAUGCAAUAGAAUUAUCUACACUGCUAAAUGUCAGCCUCGAAGUCAUUUGCCCGCCGGAACUUGCUUUUCUUGGCUCAAACAACUUAACAGCUUCAUUUUGUUUUGUUUGUUUUCUCUCUCGGGCAAUGCACCUUCCUGUGAUGUUGGAUAUUGAAGAAACGAAUUUCUUGUAAAUAAGAUCAGUCUACUUUAACAGCAUCGUGACGUUAACUCUGCAAGAAUGUCCAGGGGUCCAACCAUGGCCAAACUGUGCCGGUUUGUCAAACUGAACGAUCGUUUUAACGCCCAGGUGUUUACAUUUCUUCUCCCAGGGCGAAUCUUACGAGAAUUUACACCUGAUAUUUAUUCUAAGGACUAUGUCUACGGAUACCAUCGCUGGAAAGUCAGUUUUGUCAGAACUGACAGGCACAUUGGCGCUUUUCUGAAAUUGCAGACGGCCUCCCAAGGCUUGAGAUGUCGUAUGGAUUUUUCUUUCACAGUUGUCAACAGGGACCACUUUACGAAAAACAUCAGCUUUAUAGAGAAAAGUUGUGAGUUUACACCAGACGCUAGCGUCUUUGGGAGGAAGACAUUUACGGAGAUUGACGAUCUCAUCAAACGAAACUUUCUCCAGGAGUCGGGCGACCUCCUCGUGGAGGUGGAGAUGAGAAACAUUCAGAGCAUCUACGAGUGCUUCCUCAGACUACCCAAAGAAGGAAGCACCAACAGCAGUAGCUCCAAGCACGGCUACGGGGAUCGGAUGGAGUCCACGUACUUCAUGUUUGGCCUGUCCGAUUGGAGCAUCUCUUUAUUCCCGGACAACAGUGUCGCCGAAGCAGAUGGGAGCGUGGAGGUUCAGCUGCAGAGGCAUACCAGCUUCGACCAUCUGUGUUACGUCCGCUACAGGAUCAUCCUGGGCGAUGAGGGCACCUUCGACUCCGGGGACCUCGAGCAGGUGCUGGACGCCUCCGGCCAAGGAGAGCCGUUCACCAUAGGGGCGUCGGUACACCGGCUUUCCAGGGGCAGGUCCACCCUGAGGGUCAAAGUGGAGAUGAUCUCGGUGGUGUCCGUGAGUGAGGUCUACCUGAACGUCUUCAACAGGGGCGGGUCCAAGCAGGUGGGAGCCCACUGCUACGACCGCGACAAGCAGGCGUGGAUGAUGGAGGCAGACACAACGGGAAAGUACUUGACGCUCAGACUCUACUACACCGACAUCUCGCACGUGCCGAGAAAAUUUUCCCGCUACGUUGGUUGGAAUAUACGGAUGGUUUCCAAGGCAACGAACUCGCGGCCCCGGCGGACGCUGGACGGGCCAUACAGCAAGUAUUAUGUACAACAGGAAGUAGACGAAGGUUCUGUCAUACGGACGGACAUAUCGUUGGAAGAGUUGAAAAAUCCAGACUGUCCAUUUCUUGAACUGGAUGAUCACAAACUGACUGUUCAUAUCGAGUGGAUGGACUCUCAUCUCCUGGCUUGCCCAAACUACACAAAUAUUGAUGACGUAACCAGGCUACACAAACAUCAAAUGUCACGAGAGAUUCUAGCUCUUCAAGCAGAAAACUACGCUCUGGAGAAACAGCUUCACAGUUACCAACAAUCAUUAGCCAAGAACAACGCGAAAGACGGAGGGAAGGGCGCCAAUAGAGCGAACAGCUACGAUGGAGCUAGCAGACUGUGACCAUUAGCUUUUGGAUAGUCUUUUUUAAAAAAUAUAUAUACUAAAUAUUUGCACUUACUAUUAUGCAGAUUAUUGUUUUAAAAUAUCAGAACUGUACAAAUGAUUUGUAUCAUAAAUGAACACGUUUGUUUUUUAAUUUAACUGUACAGUGUGGCGGAGGCGUGCUAGAUCUAGAUAGGCCUGUGUCAGAAGCAGAACAAAUCUGGUUAUUAUUGGUUAUAGCUCGCAAGCAACCAACAAUAAAUCUGUUUGCAUUUUGGACGUACAUCUAAGCAGCGCAUACAGUCUUCCUCUUUACCCCUAACUUUGAAACCAGAUUCUCUCACCCUAAGUAGACCUAUUAACUCAUUCCUUACCGGCUGGGCAAACUUAGAAUUCCGAGAAGACACUUCUAGAAUGUCCAAAGUGCUCGAUUGGGCUGGACAAAAUGGACUGGAUGGGCUAGCCAUUUGUCAAAGAUGUCAGAAAGUCGAAUAGGCCAACCAUUAUCUUUGGGUAAGCGGAUUAGUCGCUAAAAGAAACUAAAAAUGCUUUCUUAGCCAUGGACGUAUUCUAAAUUAAAAAAACAGCAACAAUGAAUGCGGAAAAAAAAGUGUUUCAGCGUAAUCGACCUAUAGAAUUAUUAGUUUUUUUAAAGGAAUUCUUCUUCAUUGUCUGUUCAAUUAGGCCUACAAUAACACUAUUAAAGGCCUAUAUAAACUCUUACAUUAAGUCAUAACCUAUUUUUCAAGUCAUUGAGCAUGAAGAUAAAACUUUUUGCCUAUAGGCCUUUUUUAUUUUAAAAACAGGUCGUGUAACAAAUUAUUAGUUCAUGACAAAAAGUGUAAGAAUGUCCCUGGUGCGGUUUAGGAGGAUUUUCCAAUUGUGUUUUCUAUGUCAUGCUUUCAGCCCGUUAGAACGGAUGUUGAUGCAAUAGUGAUAUGUUGUUUUUUUUUAACUCAGACUGCAAUGUAAACUAAUGGUUUGAAUGUCUAAUUGUCCAGUUCAAAGAUUUUUAAUAGGAUACAUUUAAAAAUAAAAUAAUUAGGCCAAAAAUUGAUGCAUUUAUUGAUCUCAAGCUAAUCAACUUUGGGGGGAAAAAUGCAGACCUAUUUAUAUGACGAAUUUUAAUUACGUCCUACUAACUACGAGUCCACAAGAUCACAAGAAAAAUGGUUGAAUCAAAAGACUGGUUGGUAGUUUACAAAUUUUUUUGUUUAAUUUAUAGCCCAACAAAGAAUGAAUGCUUGUGAGAACUUAGAUGAGUAGCAACAUUGAAACAAGAAGAUCUCAUUUUCCAUCACACCUAGAAAUGGAAUGUUAUAAUUUAGCUCCCAAUACAUGGGAAAAGUUAGAUAUUUCAAUGGAAAGCAACUCCUAUUAAAUUUUUCUUUUUAUGUAUUUUCCCAUAAUGCUAAAUACAUUCAUUGAUUCUUAACUUGAAUGGCUAUAUUGACUAGUUCACUGUAUGUGUGUGUGAUAAGUGAAUCCUCUGUGAUGUAAACAAUGUCUUCUUGAUCUUUUGAAUGUGAUAUUCACCCAGUUUCUUGUAUAUCAAACCUUAAGUCAUAGAAUAGUUUGUUUUAUAUGAUAGUAUGUUUUCAUAAUUUCAAUAAAAGAAUUUAUACAAAUCUUA